UCAGUACAGUGCACGUCGCCUCGCAGUGCGGUGCCUCGACCAAAAUGCCUCGCAGCAUAAUACGCGCCAAACUGGCGGUAGUCGGCGACUGCGCGGUGGGGAAAACCGCCCUCACCAAAUCGUUUCUCACGGACGGCAGGGACUAUCCGAAAAACUAUGAGAUGACUUUCGGCGUCGAGCUGUCCACCAAAAUGGUUCCGAUUCCGGACACCAACGACGCCGUGGAGCUGCUCAUCUACGACUCGGCUGGGCUGCCGUUCUACGAACCGCUGCUCAGCAAAUACUGGAACGGGGCCAACAUGUUCAUCGUGGUCCUGGACGUGACGUCGCCGUCCUCCGUGCGGUCCGUGCCCACCUGGGUGUCCAUGGUGCGCGGCCAGGCGGCGGUGCGCGCGGACGCCACCAAGGGCGUGCUGGUGGCCAACAAGGCGGACCUGGAGUCGCGGCGCGUCAUCGGCACCAGCGAGGGCAGGGAGCUGGCCUCCUCGCUGCAGCUCGAGUACUUCGAGGUGUCCGCGAAGGAGAACAAAGGCGUGACCGUGCCGUUCGAGGUGCUGGCCCUGUACUGGCACCGGGUGUUCGUGGAGAAAGUCGAGUCGUUUCAUCUGAUUACCUGAAGGUUUAAUUGGUGUAAAAUGAAGCAUGGACUAGUGGCGGCGUAGUAUCUUGAAGACGCCGUGCAGCGGCUGGAACUUGCUGCGCUUGGCUGGCGUCACCCCGAAG